AUGGUGGCUGUCGUCCUGGGGGAUAGCCUUGUAGAGGGGAAGGAACUCUCAAAUUUGAAGCCUCGAAGAGUGUACCAGGAUGGCAACGGCACCAUGGUGUCGGCUCAGCCUAAAUCUGGCUCAGCUUCAAACCGGACCACGGGCCAGCGAAAGCGCCUCAUCAGAUGGUGGCUGCGGGCUCGAGGUCGGACGGAGGUGGAGAAGGAUGGACCACGUCAGAGUACUAUCGCUGUCGGUGAGAGGGUCACCGACGGUCAAGAGAAUGAUGGACCAUGGGUCCAUCCUGUGCGAUGCCGAAUACCCAGAGCAUCAGGGUGGACGAGAAGGAAGCUGGUGAAGGCGUUGUCGACCGACAUCGCCUUCACAGCACGCUGA